AUGGGUAAGGAGACCCGAGCCGCAAGGCUGCGACAUACGUCUAUCGUUGGUCUUCUCCUUUCGCUUGCCGCCUUACUAUUCAUCUUUCCAACCUCUGUGGCGGCUGCUGGGCCAGAAAUUGGGCAAGACCUAAAACUCACCAGACGAGCGGUACCAGAUGUCGGGGAACAAAGCAAAUAUAUCAAUCUCUUUGGAAGAGCUGCUGUAGUUGAUGAUCACACCUGCGCAAAAGGCCGUCCAUGCAUCAACGGAGCCUGUUGCGGUGCUAGCGGCGUGUGUGGCUACGGGCCUGCGUAUUGCGGCAUUGGUUGCACAUCCAACUGCGACGCUAAGGCAGAAUGUGGUCAAUUUUCUGAGGAUGGUAAAAAAACCUGCCCGCUGAAUGUGUGCUGCUCCCAGUUUGGCUUCUGCGGGCGAACGACAGAAUUUUGUGAUCCCGGUGCCGGAUGUCAGUCUAAUUGUGGGCAACCUACUCGUCCUGGGGGUGGAGGCAAUGUUCGAUCCCAGAUCAUAGGUUACUAUGAAUCGUGGAGUUCGGGGUCUGGGCGGUGUGGGUCUUUGAAGCCUUCUCAACUUCCUGUAUCUGCUCUCGAUAUCGUCAACUUUGCGUUUGCGUACAUCAGUCCUGAUACGCUUGAUAUCGUCCCCAUGGUAGGAGAAGACGGAAGCAGUCUAAGUGCCGCUGACGCCGACAAGCUUUACACCGCAGUGACUUCGGCCAGAUUCGCAAACCCGAAAACGGGCUUCUGGCUGUCUAUAGGAGGAUGGACCUUUAGUGAUAACAACACUGAAUUUCAACACGUGUUUGGCGAUAUGGCGGCUGAAGAGGGGUUCAGAAACCAAUUUGCCCUCAAUCUGGUCAGAUUUAUGACUCAAUACGGAUUUGAUGGCGUUGAUAUCGACUGGGAGUAUCCCGGUGCACCUGAUCGUGGCGGCACUGAUCGCGAUUUUGGCAAUUUCCCAUUGCUCCUAAAGGCCGUCCGUGAUGCUUUCAAUGAACAUGGUCACGGGCACUGGGGUAUUUCUAUUACAGCCCCAAGCUCAUAUUGGUACUUGCAAUAUUUCGAUCUCCAGGAGUUGGUCAAGCAUGUCAACUUUAUCAAUCUUAUGAGUUAUGAUUUGCACGGCAUCUGGGAUGAAACAAACGAGAUCGGCAAGCAAAUCUUAGCUCAUACCAAUCUCACCGAGGUUGAUCAAGCACUAGAUCUCUUCUGGCUUAACGAUAUCAGUCCAACAAUGAUUAACCUCGGUAUCGCCUUCUAUGGACGUUCGUACAAGCUUGCCGAUGCUUCGUGCACAAAGCCGGGGUGUAGGUUCAGUGGCCCCGGUGCCAAGGGUGACUGCAGCAACACAGCAGGCUAUCUAUCAUACCGAGAGAUCAUGGAAGAAGUUGCAUUGGCCGGCGACUCGGCAUAUCAAAUGUGGGACAGGGAGGCUGCUGUAAAGAUGUUUGUCUACGACAGCGAUAACUGGAUUUCAUAUGAUGACAGUGUCACUUUUCAACAGAAGGUUGAUUUUGCCAAUGACCGUGGGUUAGCCGGCUUGAUGGUUUGGGCUGUUGACCAAGAUGACGAUGGCUUCAACGCACUAAAGGCCCUUACAAACAGGGAGGUGGAUGCAAAGGUACCAGAGAGUGAUUCGCUGGAUUUUGAUAUCUCUCAGUGUUAUUACACAGAGUGCGGAGGUGAAUGUUCACCGAAUCAGGGUUUCAAGGAAAUGACGAGGCUGAACCUUGAUCGCUAUGGCAAAGGCUGCCCCAAGUCAGGCAAGGAUUCUAAACAGCGUGCUUUGUGCUGCCCACCCUGGGGAGCACCAGACCCGGCAACCUGCCACUGGACGAACAGUUGCACAGAGAGUUGCGAAGAUGGAGAGACAACGUUGGCCCUUGAUAACUAUGGCGGAGGCGGAUACUGCUCGACAAACCGCAAGCAGUUUUGUUGUCCGGCCUUAAACAUUAACAAAGCUGUGAAUAAGUGCCAGUGGUAUCGCGGAAGUUCUUGUCCUAGCAAUAAGCCACAGUAUCUCACAUACUCUGGAUCCUCGAAACUCUGCUGCCCAGAAGAGCCAGUAUUCAACGCCAACCUUUGUGACUGGUAUGGCUCAUCUGGAUUCUGCGCGCAAACGAACUGUCCAGUGGGAGACGUCCUGGUAGCACGAAGUUCAUGGGCUACUCCUGUCAAAGGCUCCAGCUCCACAGCCAGCGGCUGUUAUUUCGGCGGCCAAAAGUCUUUCUGUUGCGUUUCGCCUUUCGGCUCAGAUGCAGGGGGGACACUGCCCGUUCCUCUAGACCAUCUAUUUCCAGAAUAUGAAUCAAUUCCGACCGCCGAUGAAGCUGUGUACCAAGAAGCCUUUGAUGGCAUAUGGUCAUGGGACGUUGAUCCUGAAACUUCACCUUUCGCUUGGGUUGUAAUGGUUGGUCCUCCAGAAUCCGUACAGUCUCUUGAUAGGCGUGACGGGUCUUUCCUCGAAACCUUUGAUUGCCCUAAUCCGGACCCUGAAGACUACAGCGUGCAGACCUUUAAAGCAGUCUGUUUGGCUGAAUCGGAUGACCACGAUUGUGAGGAUCUUCUUCUGGGCGACGGAGCCUACGGAACUAUCGCUCGCCUCCCUGCAUCGUGCGGACCGGAUGAGUGGGUUCGCGUCGUUUCGUUCAACGAAAUUGAUAACACAACACUACCGCACCACCUCGUCAAACGCGCGACGCCUUAUUCCAAAGUAUACGAGAUCAAAUACGAUUAUCGCAUUCGUGAUGUGGCCAGUGAUGAGAUCUUUGUGCGAAUUGAUACCUCGAGUCAUUCACACUACUGGAGCCAAAUAGUGGCAUCAGACAUGCAGUCCAAAAAGAAGCGCAGCGAAGACGACCUUCAAACGGACGGCGCUGCUAAGAAGAAAUCAAGCAUCCCGGACUGGCGCGAGCCGCACAUGGAGUGGUUUCGCCAACACGAGCUGCGGAAGCGCGGCGCUGGCAGUGGCGGGUGGUGGGCACAAAAGUUCAUCGACUUAUUGAAGAACGGUGCAGUCAGCAGCAGUGAACCGGGCAGCUACAGCUUCGAGCAAGUCUUAUACCAGGCAUCCAUCAGCUGCCCGCCAAAUUUUGAUGCAAGCAUGUCUGUUAGAGCCAAUGGGUCGUUAAAUGCUGACCUCGACUUUGGUGUGAGCUUGAUUGGUAGAGUCAAGGACACCCAAUUCGAACAGGCCUUUGCCUACUUCUCAAUCAAAGAGUUUUCGGCAAAUGUACAAUUGUAUCUUGAGGGAGAGGCCCAGUUCACCUUUGAGUCGCGCGAGGCUCAACUGCUCGAAAAUUUUGCACCUUGGGGAGGAAGUUUCAAUAUCAAGGGACUAGUCACCAUUGGGCCUUAUAUGGAUGUCACAGCGCAGGUAGACUCUAUCGCGACUGUCUCUGGGUUCUUCGGAAGUGGUGUGACCAUUUCAAACACUAACAUGAAUAACGGCAAGACGGUACCAUUGACAUGGAUGUACCCGCCCUAUCUGGAAUAUCUUCCAGACCCUACAGCACUGUAUGCGGGCAUGUACUCACUUGACACUACCGUUAGAGCAAACAGAAAGGUUUCUGUCGCAGCUCAGGGUUCUAUCGCCCUCACGCUCACCCCAAGUAUAGCGUUCAAAGUGCAAGUCGACAUCAACGGCCUUCUUCGGACCGACACGCACAUCACGGCAGCUUUCCCCAACCGUAUGACCAUUGGAGUGGGUACGUCCGAGACUUGUACCAAUGGCCUACAGUACCGUAUGGAUUACGAGCAAAAAUUCGACCUCAUCACCAACACGUCCUCUCUGGGCUGGGAUUUGCCUACCACUACUAUUUACAAGACCUCCAAGCAACUGCUGGCCCCCAAAUGCUACUCAUUCAUUCCAGACAACUUUACCCCAGUGAAUAAUUUGGAAUCUAGAGUUACAGGCAACGCAACACAAGUUCCCAGUCUACAAUCAGUUAGGCCACGUGCUGAUGGUGAUGAUCAAGCGCCAGUCGUGAACCCACUUUUCCCGGAUCCGAAAGGAUCUUGUUUAGUGUGUCCCAGGGACACAUACUUUGAGGACAGUCCCUGUUCUCCGCUCUUUGAUGAGGACGGCAUAGUGAAUGACCCAGAAUGCGAAGGAAUCGCUGGAGCCUCGUCAAAGAAACGCGCUACAGUUCCAGGUUCUGCGCCUUUGAGGCCAGAAUAUGAAGCCACCUUGCGAUGGUUCAAGAAAGAGCGCGCGUUAAUCGAGAAGCGCACUAACACUAAGCCUCCUUUCGAUCUUUGCGAAAAGUACGGCUAUGAUCCCGCCCAGACCAAGUGGAAACCGACUGUUAAUGUCCCAAAGCUCACCUACUAUGUCUCGAGUGAAGUUAUUGCUGGAAAGACGGGAGGCAAAUACAAAAUAUAUGGACCUUUAGAUAGGUCUGAUAUGGACAACUACGAAUUUGGCGAACUGAAGACCGUUAGCGACUCAAAGAAGUAUGGUGCAGAACAUGUGCUUGAGCACCAUACUCUCAAAGAUUUCCUCGUGAAUUUUGUGGCCUUUAUGAACAAACCAAAAGCAGAUUCAGGGAAAAAAUUUGAUAACGCAGCAACGCCAGCAUAUGCAAAACAGUAUACCAGAGCCAGCGACGGCUGGUUGAUGGCUGGUGAAUGGGGCUUUUGCGCGCACUUUAAGUUUUGGCUCGACAUGAUCCCACUCCAAGCCACCUGGUACGAUUCGAAAGAAUAUGCGGCACCCACGGGGGCUUUGAGCCAGACAAUCAUGAAAGCGAUCCCCAACACCGAGAAAUAUGGCGAAGAAAUGCCGUUACUUGACGGUCAAACAAAUUCUGUGAAAGAAGCAGCGUGGAAUGGCAACACCAUAGAUGUCCGACGAAUUGAAAAGUGCUUGAAGAAAAAACCACCUCAGUAUUCACAAGCCAUUUGCGACAUGCGCGAGGUCCUAUACGCAAUUCAAUAUCACCAUGGCAUUGAGGAUAUACUUAAAAAACAAGCAAAUAGAAUCGUUGAUUUUCUGGAGGGCAUGGAAACCGCGGCCGAAAAUUUUAACGACAAGACAUACGCCGUUAAGCCCUAUGUGCGCGUUGACAUUGCAAAUUAUUUCAAGAGAUGGAUGUACGAAGAGUCCGCAGCUGCAGGACGAAGAAUGGCAUUCGUACUGAAUCAGUACCAGAAAGAGAUUGAGGAAACACUAACAGGCCCAAGUAAUGCGGCCGGUGGCGGAACCACGACAGGUGCGCAGCAAACCAAUAAGGAUUUACUGAAUCGCGUACUGGAUCUUAAAGCGGCCUAUGGUGAAGUUGGUGAAUGGUCAUAUUUAGGGAACCAAAAUCCUUUUGAGGAUUGGAAGGACGAACCCCCACUACCUAGGAACACUUACGACGAUCCCAUGGAUAUAGAUGAUGGUGAUCCAAUGGAUACAGAUGAUGAUUAAAUGGAUACGGAUCCAUAGUAGAUACGGAGUACGAGCAUAUUGUAUAUCUAGUUAGUUUAGAUAUUGAGGAGUGUUGACUCACAAGCAAAACUGCCCUUAACUCAAACACAGAUAGAUAUUAAUACGAAAGUGUAAAGAUGAUUCACAGU